ACAAAUCGUCACGUGACACGGAAGUGACUACGAACAGGAAGAGGACGAAAAAAAUAACCGUCCGCGACGCCGAGCCGAACCGGACCCGCAGCCACCAUGAACAGCAAAGGUCAAUAUCCAACGCAGCCAACCUACCCGGUGCAGCCUCCUGGGAACCCUGUGUACCCUCAGACUUUGCAUCUUCCUCAGGCUCCACCCUACACUGAUGCUCCACCUGCCUACUCAGAGCUCUAUCGUCCGAGCUUUGUGCACCCGGGGGCUGCCACAGUCCCCACCAUGUCAGCUGCAUUUCCUGGCGCCUCACUGUAUCUUCCCAUGGCCCAAUCUGUGGCUGUUGGACCUUUAGGUUCCACAAUCCCCAUGGCUUAUUAUCCAGUUGGUCCCAUCUAUCCACCUGCCUCCUCCCCCUGGAUGCCCUCCCAAUGCUGCUCAGCUCGCAGUCAUGCAGGGAGCCAAUGUCCUUGUAACUCAGCGGAAGGGAAACUUCUUCAUGGGUGGCUCAGAUGGUGGCUACACCAUCUGGUGAAGAACCAAGGCCACCUCUGUGCCGGGAAAGACAUCACAUACCUUCAGCACUUCUCACAAUGUAACUGCUUUAGUCAUAUUAACCUGAAGUUGCAGUUUAGACACAUGUUGUUGGGGUGUCUUUCUGGUGCCCAAACUUUCAGGCACUUUUCAAACGUAAUAAGGAACCACGUAAUGGUAGCAGUACCGCCCUAAAGCAUUUUGAGGUAGGGGAGGUAUCCAUUCAUAAAAUGAAUGUGGGUAAAGCAGCCCUAAGGAUCUUCCUUUAAUUCCUCCGGAGUAAUACUGUACCAUACUGGUCUUUGCUUUUAGUAAUAAAACAUCAAAUUAGGUUUGGAGGGAACUUUGAUCUUCCUAAGAAUUAAAGUUGCCAAAUUAUUCUGAUUGGUCUUUAAUCUCCUUUAAGUCUUUGAUUUAUAUUACUUGUUAUAAAUGAACCGCAUUAGUUAUCUGCCUUUUCCUUUCCGUCCUUUGCCCCACGUCCUACCCUCAACCCUCGUCUUCCAUUCCUUCCCACCAAUCUCCAUUGAAUCAAUGGUGCAGGACAGAAAGCCAGUCAGACUAAUUUCCUUCUCUCCUUGCACUUCUCCCCACCUGUCAUCUUUUAACUAGUCUUUCACAAAGGAUCCUCUGAAACCCCCUCUGUGCCCCAAGCACAGACCCCAUUACUUCUGCUUUUGCGUCUCCUCAAGCAAAAGUGGAGGGUGCCUUUUGGACCCUCCUCAUAGGUUGUCUCUUCAUACAUGAACCAAAUUUGCAAACCCAAAUUUGCUUUGGUGCCAGAAAAACUGAGCUUUGUUUUAACAAAGGAUGCAAACUGUAUUGUAAACAGCAGUUUGUUUAUAAUUUGAGGGGCAAGGAGGAGGAUGCAUUUAAAAGCCUGAUGACUCUAGAGCCAAAUUAAGGGGAGUUUUCAGAUCAAAAAUUGGUUACCAUUUCUUGUCAGUGUCUGAUGGCAGCCACUCAUGGCUCCCAAGAAUUCCUGAGCUGGGUUAAUGGGGUCAUAUUGUGAAUGCCUCACUACUAAAUGACUUGAGUCCAGUGAAAUCUCAUUAGGGUUAAGAAUAUUUCAGGGAUCCUUAAUAUUUUGAUUUUUGUUCUCUAAAAUUGGAUUUUAUUUUAUUUUAUCUUAUAAUUUCAGUUCAUCUAAAUUUUGUGUUCUGUACAUGUGAUGUUUGACUGUACCAUUGACUGUUAUGGAAGUUCAGCGUUGUAUGUCUCUCUCUACACUGUGGUGCACUUAACUUGUGGAUUUUUUAUACUAAAAAUGUAGAAUAAAGACUAUUUUGAAGAUUUGAAUAAAGUGAUGAAGUUGCAUUACACCUCA